AUGGCGUUGACGUUUUUGGCUACGCUUGCGCUUUUGGGGAGGGCUGUUGGGGCGUCGCCGCCGGGGUUGAAGCAUGGAGCGCCCAAGGUGCCGCAGCUUUCACCAGAGAAGGGGUCUUCUUCAUGUUGGGACUUGAAGAAGUUGACCACUCUGGUGGCGUUUGGUGAUAGCUACACCGACGACAACCGUCUGGAGUACUUCGGUUCGCACAACGGCUCAGCUCCUCCGGUAGGCUGGGUCAAUGAAGCAAAAUACGCCUCCGCCUCCGGCGGCCGUCCAUGGCCUCAGUACGUCAAGCAAUACUCCGGCCGGACCGGCGCAAACCUCUACAACUACGCCGUCUCCGGCACCGUCUGCAGCAACAACGUCACGCCCAGAACUUUCACAACCUACGACUUCCCAGCCGUGGAACAGUAUGAGGUGCCUGCUUACAUCGCCGACUCGGAGUACUUUAAGCCCGACGGAUCCAAAUUCUUGAUCGCGCCGCGGGAUGAGACGGUCUAUUCUAUCUGGAUCGGGACGAAUGAUCUGGGUGUUUAUGCGUUCUCGACCGAUAGUCACGUAGCAGGGACGACGAUUGUGGAUUAUGCCGAUUGCGUCUACGCGCAGUUGAAGCGGGUCUACGACAAUGGAGGGCGGUACUUCGUGCUGCAGAACGUCGCACCCCUGAACCUUGCGCCAUUGUACGCAACUCCGGCACAAGGUGGUGUUGCGCAAGAUAACUACUGGCCCGACAAACCCGCCAACAUCACCGAAAUUUCCCACCGCAUGCAGGAACAAGUCGCCCUCGUCAACAACAUCUACAAAUUCCAAACUCCCUUCAUCGCCCGCCUCUCCAAGGACUUUGCGGGUGCGAAGUUUGCGGUUAUGGAUAUGCACGGUCUCCUCACGGACAUUUACGACCACCCCGAGCAGUACUUGAACGGGACCGCGCCGCUGCAGGUCGAUGUUGCCGCGAAGAAGUGUGAUUUGACGGGGCAGGAGUGCACGGUUGCGGAGAGUCUGGAUAGUUUUCUUUGGUAUGAUUUGCAUCCGAGUGAGCAGACGGAUAGGGUUGUUGCGAGGGAGUUUUUGGAGGUUGUGAGGGGCGAGAGUCGGUGGGCUACGUAUUGGGGUUGA